AACUUUAUUUUCACGAUCAUAAUUUCAAACAGAAACAAGACCUGAUCAAACUCGUUUGAGAUUGUUUUCAUUGCAUAUGGCCAAUCUUGAUGGGGAUAACGAACCUGAAUGGAUAAAGAGGGUGAAAUCAGAAGGUGCGAUUCCCUUUUUGGACCCAGAUGAUUGCUCAAAUGGUUGGGCUUCUCCACCGGGGAAUAGUUUCAUGGUAAGAGGUCCAGAAUACUUUUCAACAAAGGUUAAAGUUCCCGGUGGUGAAUUUCUUCUGAAACCUCUUGGUUUUGACUGGAUAAAAGGUCCUAAAAAGAUUUCUGAUAUUCUAAAUAAUCCAAAACACCGUAUCAGGAUGGCUCUUCAAGAUGAAACUCCAACUGGUUGCAAACCCUUUAUUUGGGCUUUCAACUUGCAAGUUCCUAGUAAGGAAAAUUUCAGUGCUGUUGCAUACUUUGUGGGCCUCGAACCUGUCCCUGAAGGGUCUUUGAUGGAGCAGUUCUUGAAAGGCGAUGAUGCAUUUAGAACUAAAAGGCUAAAAUUGAUUGCGAAUAUUGUUAAAGGACCUUGGAUUGUAAGAAAGGCAGUUGGGGAGCAAGCUAUAUGCGUAAUUGGCCGUGCACUGACUUGCAAGUACUGUAUAGCAGACGACUUCAUAGAGGUAGAUGUUGAUAUAGGAUCUUCAGUGAUAGCAAAUGCAAUUGUUCAUCUCGCAUAUAAUUAUAUAUCAACUCUUAGUGUUGAUUUAGCUUUCCUUAUCGAGAGUCAAACUCAAUCAGAACUUCCAGAACAGAUUUUAGGAGCGGUAAGAUUUUCAGAGCUGCAGACCACUUCAGCAACGCUAGUUGAAAUGCCAUCCAAUGGGACCAUGGAAGAGUUGCUUCCUUCUUUCCCUUCAAGGUUAUGGAAGUCAUUUGGGAACAGUUUCUCCCACCUUGUUCAGGCAGAUACUCAAGAUGGUAGCUCCAGCUCCACCCCCUCACUUGUAAAGGGGGAUGUUGAUAAUGGUCUCUCUGAAGAAGGUACCAAAAAAUGAUCUUCACACUGUAAAUAUGAUGCAUUUCUGAAACGUUCAAUGGCUCCAGGCUCGGAGAAUUCUAAUAUUGUUGCUUGUGAUGGCUACACUCACCGCUAUUUAUAGCUGUAGAAAUUACGUAUUACAAAAAUAUGUAUACAUUUCUGAGGGCGAUUUAGCGACAUGGAACUCCAGUAGCAUUCUUCACUAUUAAAUAGCCUCUGCCCAUCUUCUCAUUGCUUUCUGAAAAGAAUAAAAACACUCCCAGUUGCCCAUUCAUUUAUAUUCUUGAUAUUGAUUUUUAUUUAUUUAUAUCAAUUACUUGGUGAUAAUAGGUUACUAA